AAAUGGCAAUUUCAUAGACUUAAAUUUGGACAAAGGCACGCUGGUCAUAAAAGAUAGGAUAGACAGAGAGCAGCUAUGCGGACAGACAUCUCCCUGUAGUUUGAGUUUUGAAUUGAUAUUAUUGAAUCCGAUGCAUUUGCACAGUAUAGUUGUUGAAAUAUUGGACGUUAACGACAACGCACCCGUAUUUAAAGAGGAUGAAAUACAGUUGGAAAUUCUUGAAUCAGCAUUGCCAGGUACUAGAAUACUGCAAGAAAGUGCCACCGAUGCUGAUGUGGGAGUUAAUGCACUACAGGGCUACACGUUGUUUCCCACAGAUAACUUCAAUAUAAAAACAAAGACGAGUCCGAGUGGAAGCAAAUAUGUAGAGGUGUAUCUGCAUGUCCCUCUAGACAGAGAAAAGGAAGACACAUUAACUCUUACGCUGACUGCACUCGAUGGUGGUAAUCCGCAAAAAUCGGGCUCGGUGAAAAUAUCCAUAGUAGUGUUAGAUACCAAUGACAAUGUACCUGUUUUCACGCAGCUUAUCUACAAAGCGGAAGUAGUUGAAAACGCUGCCCGCGGUAGUAUGGUAACGGAAAUAAGUGCCACCGAUGCAGAUCAAGGAUCUUAUGGUCAAGUAACCUACCAUUUCUCGCGUCUAUUAGACGAGAAAAGUGAACCAUUCGCCAUAGAUGAACAUACAGGUAUGAUCACUGUCGCGGGAGAUAUAGAUUAUGAAAAGAAUCGAAAUUACGAAUUAACAGUCCAGGCUAAGGACCAAGGUGGACACAUGGAUUCGACCAAAGUGAUUAUUGAUGUUAUUGACGUCAAUGAUAAUGCACCAGUGAUAGCUCUGACAUCAUUUUCGAGUCCCAUCUCAGAAGACUCCCCCAGUGGCACUACUGUAGCGAUUAUUAAUGUCAAAGAUGUGGACUCCGGUAAUAAUGGUAAAGUUGAGUGCUCCAUAAACAAAAAUAUUCCAUUCAUUAUUCAGUCAUCGCUGAAAAACUAUUACACAGUACUUACAGAUGGAAAGUUAGACCGUGAGAAAAACUCUGAAUACAAUAUUACUUUCACCGCUAUAGAUAAGGGAGAACCACAUCUGUCUGUGAACAAAACAGUCAAUAUCAAGGUGUCAGACAUAAACGACAAUGCACCUGUUUUUGAACAGUCAUCAUACUCUGCCAGCAUUAGGGAAAACAAUCCCCCUGGAAUAUCGUUUUACUCUGUUUCAGCGCAUGAUAUGGAUUCGAAUCAGAAUGCGCGUACAUCCUACUUCCUGAUAGAGUCGGAGUUCAGUGGCAAUCCAGUUUCAUCGUAUAUAUCUAUUAAUGCAGACAGUGGUGCACUCCACGCUGUCCGUGCGUUUGAUUAUGAGCAAACAAAAGUCUUAGAAGUGCACAUCAAAGCCCAGGAUGGUGGCUCCCCACCUUUAAGCAGUAAUGCAACAGUUAGAGUAGUAAUAUUGGACGAAAAUGACAAUGCGCCACAGAUCCUUUAUCCAGUCCAGUCCAGUGGCUCUGUGGUGGCUGAGAUUGUGCCUCGUUCAGCAGAUGUUGGAUAUCUGGUCAGUAAAGUGGUGGCUGUUGAUGUGGACUCUGGACAGAAUGCCUGGCUCUCAUAUAAACUACACAAACCAACAGAUAGGCCGCUGUUUGAAGUGGGGGCUCAGAAUGGAGAAAUAAGAACCAUUCGCCAAGUGACUGAUAAAGAUGCUGUGAAACAGAAACUCACUGUUGUAGUGGAGGACAACGGACAGCCCUCUCGCUCAGCUACAGUCAAUGUGAACGUGGCUUUGGCGGACAGCUUUCCUGAAAUACUCUCAGAGUUCACAGAUUUUACGCACGACAAGGACUACAAUGAUAAUCUGACUUUUUAUUUAGUUUUGGCCUUAGCUGUGGUGUCCAUCCUCUUCAUUUCUUCUUUAGUUGUUAUAAUUUCAGUGAAGAUCUACAGAUGGAGACAAUCACGUGUCCUCUUUCAGUCAAAUCUACCAGUUAUUCCAUACUAUCCACCUCAUUACGCAGACACCACAGGAACAGGAACUCUAAAGCAUGUGUACAAUUACGAGGUGUGCAUGACGACAGACUCCAGGAAGAGUGACAUUAAGUAUCUCAGACCGGUCAGUCAAAGUUUGCUCAGUGUUGAUUGUGAUGGAACAGACACAUUGACCUCUGCACAAAAGGAUGGAUACUCUACUUUGUUGAGUUUCUGAGACCAUCUCAGAGUGUGUUAAUGGUAGAUCCGAGUUGCAUGGACACAAUGCAGGGUGCAGCGAGGAAGAAACACGUUUUAGAUGAUGCAGAAUCGCCAGGACGGGUAAGGUAUUUGAUAUUGGUAUGCAAGUAACACUGAACACUGAAAUGCAUAGGCAAGACACAAGAAUGCAAUUGUUUGCGCCUUGUGCAUAAUGACAUCACAUAUUUAGCACAGGAAAUAUUUCAUAACAUUAACCUAUUAGGUUGACGUUCAGCACUAAAUUAUGGACAGCGACUAACGUCUUGGUUCUGCUUCUGUUAAUGACAGUAAUGACUUGUUAAAAAAAAAUGUUGUGGGUACUUCUUUGUUUUAUAUUUACUGGUAGUGGUGCACUCUGUUCGAUUUAUCUUGACAUGGACAUUUUGGGCUGUUAAUUGAGACUAGGCUAUUUGUCCUGACAGUGACAAAUAUGUUUCAUCACUAUAAACUUGAUGUCUAGUUUUGUA